CCUGCAUGUAUGCGUGCACGUGGCUGUGUGGUGAUCGAGUCACUGUAAUGGCACGAACAACAUCGGUUCAGUGUGAAAAAGCGUUUAUAGAGAAAGUGUAUGGAGAUUAUUUUCUGAUAUACAUGGAGGAGGACGCAAGAGUAUUAAAAAACUUUCGAGGCAGAUGACGUGGCCGGCGGUACAUCCGACCGACCGUAAUCGGCUGUCGACCAGUCGCUCUCUAUGCGUUUCUACGCGAGAAAGACGGAGAAAAAUUCCACGGCAACGAUCAUAUCGUGUAUCGCGAAAUAAGUCGUUACAAUGCGUUACACGGCGCGUGCGAAUCGUGUAAUACUGUGAUAGGUGUAUCUUAGAAGUAUCAUGAUCGUAUGUUACUGUAUUUGAUAGCAGGAUAUACACACAUAUAUAUAUAUAUAUAUAUAUGUAUAGAGUAUCGACGAGGUUGAUACAUCAAUUUUCAUUAAUUAAGAAAAUUAUAAGACCAGAAAAUUAUGAUUUAGAAAUUUAGCACAGAAAUAAACAAGACUUUCAAUAUAGUGAAAUCUGAGUUUUUAAUAAACGUCAAACAAAGAGAUUUUAUUAUUGCUGGAAUAAAUUAAUCACACAAAUACCUCGUUAAUUUAAAUAAUUAUUUUUUAAUAAGGACUACAAAUAAUAUUGUGAAUAAAAUGUGCAAUUUCAAGCCAAAUCUACAGAUUAUGAUAUUAUAUAUCAGUAUUUUAUCAUAUAUUUCACGAGCACAGGCAGAAGGCAUUUCAUGUUUCAAAUGUCUCAUGACACUGACAAGACCAGAAGACACAGAUCUGCUUUGUGCCCAUUUUGAUGGGAGUGCCAAAUUUCAGACAUUUUGUCCAACUUCAACACUUUGUAUGAAGAGAACUGUUCAAUAUAAAUCUAAAACAUCUGCAGUAACCACUGUUCAGAGAGACUGCACACCACAGAAAUAUACUUCUCAUGUUUACAAUGAUGUUAAUAAGCAGUGGCAUAAAAAGGAAGAGAUCAUAACAACUGCCUAUGACGAAGGUUGCUUUAUAGGUGAACAUAGGGGAGCACCAACUGAUCCACCUGAAUAUUGUUUUUGUAGUUUUCAUUUGUGCAAUUCAUCUCCUUCACAAAUAGGAAUGUUUAAGAAAAUAUGUGGAACAAUCUUAGCUCUGCUGAUUGUAAGAUUGAUGUAAAAUUUUUCAGUUCAUGGCACACAAUGUGUUACUUAAAAGAAUGUAUUUAAUGCAUAAGAGAAAGAGAGAUGCAGUCUUCUCUGAUAAUUUUGGGAGGGCAAAUAAGAUCCUUUGCAACAAAUUGCAAAUAUUGUACCAUAAAAUACAAAAAUAUUGAUGUCUAUUCAAUAUGAAUGGCUAUAAAUAGCUAAUUUAUUUUUAAAAAAUUGUUAAGUAAUUUGAUUUUGUAUAUUUCUAUUUAUGAAUUAGAAUAACAUUAGAAUAAUUGAAUAAAAUAAUCGAUAUUAUACACAAAAAUAAAAAAAAUCUCUUUCGCUAGUCAAUUUUGAAUUAUCUUGUGUUAUAGAUAAUAAUUCUCCUAAAUUAAAUUUGCAAUUUACAUCAAUUAUAUUUUAAUAAAUUAUCUCUAAAACAUUUCUAUUUAUAAAAGAUGUUACAAUGAAUAUAAGUAUACAAAUCUAUUUUUAUGCCAAGCUUUUUUAUAUAAAUUUUAUGUCUGCAAUUAUUAAUGAAAUUAGAGUUCACUAUAAUUAUUAUAUAUAUAUCUUGGGAGAGCAAAAGAUACGCCUAUUGUGCCUUGUUACAGGUAAUCCCAUCAAACUUUUUAAAGCUCUUGUUCCCUCACUAUAGUCACAUUGAAUUAUGAUAUUAGAAGCGAGAAAUCAUAUAAAUUGUUUUCUAAUAAGAUACCAAAAUUAAUAAGUUUUCUCAUAUAUCACCACUUUGACAGCAGACAGUUAUGACAACUGACCAAAAUUUACUAGCUAUUUAUUAAUCCACAAAUAAAUAAAAAUUGUCUUGUAUAUAUUUUAUCAAUUUAUAUUACCGAGUGUGAAUAAUAACUUGAAAAAUCUAAAUUUAUUUCAAAAUGUAUUUUCCAUAAAAAAAUUUAUAUGAUUUCUUGUUUUUGAUGUCAUGAUUGAAUAUAAUGAGAGACCAAAAGUCUUAAUUAAUAUAGGGUGAUUGAUCGCGAUCAAAUUCGGAAUUGUCGAUUAAUAAUAGCUCUAAUAUGGAGCUAAUCAUCAUUACCUCUAUUAAUGCUCGGAAUUUCUAAGUGAUCAAACAGUUCAAAUUACUAGUAACUAUAUUUUCAAGCUUAUUAAAAGUUCAUUAUUCAAUUCAAGUUUAUUAUCAAAAGAUAAUAAACUAAAAGUAUUGAAAAAAAUAAAAGCUAUUAUUUAUAUUCUUAAUGUUUAUAACCAAAGUGUACUUUGUGCAUACAAGUACUUAACAUUCAAACUUGAGCUGUGAAUGUGUAAAUUGAUAACAUAUAUUAGGAUAUUUAAAAUAUAUCUCCUAACAAACAUAUCAUAAUAUUAAGUCCCUCUAUGUUAACAGCACAGUAUUUUCGUAUAUUAAUAUAUUGUAUGAAAUAUAUAAAUUGUCACGCGUAUCACAAUAGAUUUAAGUUUAAUUAUUUCAAUAAAAUUUACUUUAAUGCAUAUUA